AUGAAGCCCAUCAGCACCACUCUACUCAGUCUUUCCUGCCUGGCUCAGCUAGCCCAUGGAGCUGCUGUGCUGCGCGCUGAUGGGAACGAUCUCUCCCUUUCAGCUGCCACCUUGGCAACUAGACGGGAUCUACCAUUGGAUCCCCCAACGAUCUUGAUGCCGUUGUCCAACUCUGAGCCGGCUCCUUAUCGGCUCAGUAGCCAUAAAAACGGGAAACCCGCUUUCAGCCAUAACGUCUCUCUUGUAUAUGGCGCUGGCGGUAUAAAGGCGUCUAUCGCAGCCGCCUUAACGCGACCUGCUGUUGUUCUUGAGGACUUGCCAGGUAUCGCCUCCGUCAAGUGCUCUGGGGCCGAGAUGGCACUAGCCUUCCACGAUGAUGCGGCUUUUGAAACCGCCUCAAAAACUUGGCCAAAGUCGGAUUUUAUCAUCAUCACCCACUCGCCCGAUGGAGCAUGCAACACUGUCGAAGAGCGCGGUUUCUAUAUCGCCAAGAGCCAUACAUCAAACGCCGAGUCCCGGAACAUCAUUGUUGAGGUUACAGCAUCUUCCCUCAAGGACCAAUCAAAGGGUGCCACCAUCAACUUCCAGACUGGUUUAACCCCUGUCAAGCGCGACAUUUCGGGGACGGUGACCGCUAAUAUCUCUGGCAAGUUGGUCGAGACUGAUCAUGUUACCGUGACCGCCGAGCAAGCGCGCUUCGAGAGCACAAUUCACCUCAAAGGCCGUUUAGACCUCGAUAUCUUGAGGCUAAAGGCUAAGGCCAUUGAGCUUGAUAUCGACUUUUCGGCUCUGGCCAGCCUCAACCUAUCAGCAUCUGUCACUGGAGACUAUUCCACCGAGCUACUCAACUUGAAGCCCCUCGCCGUCUCCGUUUCACCUUUCUCUAUCCUAGGAGUGGUUAGUGUCGGGCCAAUCGCCGAGUUUGGCCUCGGCAUCGAGUUCGGCGCCGACGGCAAUCUCAACGCAACUCUGGACGCGGACGCUGGCAUCAGAGAUGGCAAAGUGCACCUCGAUCUGCUGGACUCGAAGAAGACGACUACCAAUGGCUGGGAACCAAGUGUCAAUGUGGCUUCUGACGUCGAUGCCUUGGUUCGCCUUCAGCUCAAUCCGUUUAUCGAGCUGAGCCUUGCUGUCGGAAUCAAGGCAUUUAACGGCAUCGUGGACCUUUCGGCGGGUGUCGCUGUUAAGCCCAAGGUCAUAAAUACCUUCUCAGUUAAUGGCGAGGUUGCCUUGAACAGCGAUUCUGGAGUCAAGUUUAACCCACCCGCUAAGGGAGAGUGUACCAACGGUGCUUGGUUUGCUAGCAUUCUCGAUCUGGAUGUUGACGCAUAUGUUUCUCCCCUUUUCAAGAAGACUCUGGUUGAGCUCCAGAAGCCUAUUUAUAAGAGCCAGUGCUGGACCUUGGCGAAGUGA